GUUGAUUCGUCAUCAAACGCUUUUGUGUGUCCAAACGUUUCAACAUUGUUGGCGGUGUGGCGAGAAGUUGUCGAUACUGAUGAGAGAUCUUAGUCCUGUUCAGUUUGGGAAAACGGACUUGUUUUUGUCCACAGUGUGUAGUGUAAUUGAUAAAACGAUGCCACGAUCACAUAGAAGCGAUAGACGCCACUCUCCAAGUAGGCACUCUAGUCACCAUCGUUAUAAGAAGCGCAGGAGGUCUUCCAGCAGAGAUCGAGGAUAUGAAGAUUUUUCUAGUUAUAGGUACAGAUCUCGAAGUCAGGAGUACCGGCGGGAACAGUCAUACUCCGAAGAAAGGGUAAAGAAGUAUCAUCACCGAGGGGGAGAUGAGUACUGUUCAUCGCAUCACAGGGAUCGUUACUACCCGAGGCAUUCACGUGAAGAUAGUCGUAGGCAUCACAAGAAAAGGACUUGUCAUCGUUAUCCUGAUCGCCGUAGUAGGACAUCAUCGAGAAGUUGCAAAGACGACAAGCGCAGUAGUAUCGUAGUAGAUGAUGAAGAAGGACAUCUGAUCUACCGGCCAGGAGACUGGUUGCAAGCAAGAUAUGAAGUGAAAAGCACCCUAGGUGAAGGAACGUUUGGAAAAGUUGUAGAAUGUAAAGAUACACAAAGAGGGGAGCGAAUAGCUUUGAAGAUAAUAAAGAACAUCGACAAAUACAGAGAGGCAGCGAAGUUGGAGAUAAACGUGCUAGAAAAACUGAAUGAAAGAGAUCCGACAGGGAAACAUCUCUGUGUGAAGAUGAUUGACUGGUUUGAUUACCAUGGCCAUAUGUGCCUUGCGUUUGAGAUGCUUGGUCAAAGUAUAUUUGACUUUUUGAAGGACAAUAACUAUUCACCUUACCCAAUGGACCAAAUAUGCCAUAUAUCCUAUCAGCUAUGCUAUGCAGUCAAAUUUAUGCAUGAUAUGAAAUUAACGCACACAGAUUUAAAACCAGAGAAUGUACUCUUUGUGGAUUCAGAUUUCAGAGUAAAUGGACAGAAGUAUAUAGAAGACAAGGUGGUUAAGAUGUCUGACAUUAAACUAAUUGACUUUGGUUCUGCUACGUUUGAUCAUGAACAUCAUAGUAGUAUUGUAUCAACUAGACAUUACAGGGCAUUGGAAGUUAUACUUGAGCUUGGAUGGGCCCAGCCAUGUGAUGUAUGGAGCAUUGGGUGUAUCAUGUUUGAAUUGUAUACUGGCUUCACACUCUUUCAGACUCAUGACAACAGAGAACACUUAUCCAUGAUGGAGGUUAUACUGGGUCCCAUGCCUGCUUGGAUGAUUAAAAAAACAAGAAAAAGUAAAUAUUUCUACCAUGGACGAGUAGACUGGGACGAGAACAGUUCCUCAGGACGUUAUGUAAGGGAUAAUUGCAAACAGUUAAGUCGCUACAGAACUGAGGAUCUUGUCGACCACCACAACUUCUUUGAUCUCCUUGAAAAAAUGCUAACCUAUGAUCCGGAGAAGAGAAUCACACUUGGCGAGGCGCUCAAUCACCCGUACUUCCAAGCUCUACCUCCAAGUAAACGUGUUAACUCAAUCAAUAGUCGCGACACACACAGCCUCAGUAGGUGACUAGAAGAGAGCCAUCCAGAGGAUAUGAUACCUGGAUGGAGUACCCAGGCAGCUAGGUGACAAUUACAGAAUGUCUACAAGCGGCUUGUUAGUGUGGCUGAUAAAAUACUAACUGGACAACAAACACAGAGCAUGGAAUCAUUAGUAACUUUUAGCUGUUGCCAAAGUGAAUGAUUAGGUAAUAUAGAUUCCAGUCAGUUUCUCUGAACUGAUUUAAUAACUGGCCAUUAAUUUUUUUAUUUACUUUGAUCAGUAUUUGUAGAUGAACCCAUAUGGUCUUUGUACUCGGUAGUUAAUAACACAACAUACGCAGAUUUUUUUAAAUUUUGGUAGACCUAUUAGCUAGAAAAUAUUCUUAAGGUGGUAUUGCAACCUUUUAAAAACUAUCACUGAUAUGUAUACAUCAUCAAUUUUAUUGUAUUUUGCGCCUGGCACAUCAAAAAAUUUAAAAUAAUCUAGAAUCUUUGUAGGCAUGGAAUUUUUGAACGUGUACAAUUUUUUGUAAGGUUGCAGUCUCCAUAUUUUUUGUAAAAAGUAAAUUUUACAUAAUUUUUUUCCUUCUACUGAUGUUUUUAAAUCAUUAGUAUUAUUAUUACAUGAUAUAAUUUAUAUUAAAGGAAAACAUAAUUUGUUGUAUUGUUUAAUCUGAUCGUUACAUGUUCUAGCAUUUAUGUCGGUCGCAUAAGGGUACCGCCGUAGCUCAUGUGACCGUGGAGAGUCAUGUGUCUGGCAAGUUGGUGCUUUAUGUUGCAGGUUAACAGUUGUGCAAUGAUUAGCAAUAGUUGAUUGCCCAAGUUAACAGUGCCUCAUUUUCUAUUUAUUGUUUGAUAUGAUUGUUUGAUUGUUUUUGAUUGUCAAGGAUUAAAGCCCUUAAAAUAUCUACAUAUCUUAAUUGGUUGUGAUAUUUGAUGGUACUGUCAAUUGAGGCUGUAUUGGCCAUUUGACUAUAGAUGCGCUACACUAGUAAUGUUGACAGCACUAUUUAUUACUGUUGCACGUAAUAAGGUAUCAAACACUUGCAGUGUCUACUGUCUUGAGCUAAAAAAAAAUGUUUAAAAAUAAAUUUAAAUUGCUUACUUUGGUAAGUUAAUAGCAUUUAACUCAAAUUUAAAAUGAGAAAAAUAUUGUUUUUGUGUAGCCUCUCCAUAGGACCUUAAAUUGAUUAGUACAGUAAUCAAUUUACUAAUUUAUAAAUAAAUUUGUUGAAAUCUGUCAUUCAUUGGAAGUAAAAUAUGGUUUUAAAAUAUGAGCUAUUGAGUGUUUUACUUGAAUUUCGUAUGACAGAUUGUAUAUCUUUAAAAUAUGACUACAUAGAUAUAUGGUCUGACAUCAUUAACUUCCAAACAUUAAGCAGAAUAAAAAUUCAGGUGCUAUAUUUUAUGCUAUUUAAUAGUACGGUACUUAUGAUAGCCAACAAUUCGUAAUGAACAAGUAUUUGAGCAAACCAAAGUGAUAUACUGCAGUUAAACAGUAAUUUCUUAUGUAAUGACAAGUACUACAGCUUAGUGGGAAGUAUCAUGAAAAACAAUAAGAUAAAUGUAUAUCAAAAGCCGGAAAAAUAAUUUGGCAAAGGCUAAAAAAAAAAACCUUGUUUGCAGUAUCUGUAUCCCAACAUAUAUUUUGGAAAUGUCCAAAUGCUGUCCCAUGUUAAUUCUUCCGAGGCAUUUGGAUAUUGAUAUUAACAAAUCUACCAGCUAGCUUCUAGAAGUUUAACCACUCUGAACAAUAUGUGCAUUAGGAAGAAAAUUAAUAAAAUUAAAUUAUUAAUUCUAAUAUUACAAAAUUCCAAUUGUAAACUUUAUUUGAUAACAAUCUUUGACUUCUUCCAAGCAUGUUUUUACAUUUUUGGUAUUGUGAUGAUGAAGAAUGUUGGCUUGCUUGUAAAGUGUAUAUAUAAUUGUAUAUUGCUCUUUCUUUUAAGGCUUUCGUGAAAAACAAAAAUAAAGAAAAAUAAUCAUCAGUUAAAA